AUGAGCUCCACUGCAGCCACAUACUGCCCCCACCGUGUCGUGCUCAAGGGGAUGGAGACCGUCAGCCUUCCGCAUGCUCAGAUCGCAGGGCUCGCCCUCAAUCCAAGCAGGGGCUACAGAAUGCGGGGACGGUUCCUCUGCGAAGCGGCCGAAAGCAGUGCACGCGAGUCGCUGGCGAUCUUCGAGGAGCUCGCGCGCGUCACUGAUGCAUCUGAGGAUAGCAUCAAGGGUAUGACCGAAUCAGAGCGGCAGAUCGCUCUGCAAGGGCUGUUGACGAGGGCAGCCAAAUCUCAGGAUCGCCAGCGAAGUAUCUUCGUCUCGGGACUCUGCUCCCAGGGUUGGACCGGCCUCGGGAGCUAUCCGCAAUACUGGGAAAGGCUCUCAAAGUCUCUCGGCGAACGAGGAUACCCGGCCUCUCACUUAGCUCCUGCAGGAGAAGCUGCACCGACUGUCGUUCCCAAGCGCGUGACGGACGUGGAGGCUUUGCUGCGGUGGUACGAGAGAUCGCAGAUCAGUCAGCUGAAUGGUUUCCAGUCCAAAGACAAGGUCGACGAGGACUGGACUGUCGUGGAAGGCACAACCCAAGAGGCCGAGAGAGCCUGA